AUGUCUUCACCUGUGCAAACAUUUGGUUUUCUCUUCAUCUGGUUUUCAUGUCAGGUGAACGCUGUCACAUUUCACCAAUCUCCUCCCCAGAUAGUGAAGGACAGCAGUGAGGUCCAGAUUAACUGCAGCCAUGAUGAUACGAACCUUGUAAUAAUGCUGUGGUAUCAACAAAGAAAGAACAGUCCGUCUAUGACCCUCAUCGGAUACGGAUAUGAAAGCUCCCCAAACUACGAGGGGCAGUUUGAAGAACAAUUUACUCUGACAAGACAAAGCACAGUGAAAGGCUCUCUGAUUAUAAAGACAGCAAACCUGUCGCACUCUGCUGUUUAUUUCUGCGCUGCUAGUCUCACUGUUGUAGUUCUGCAGUCUGGAGAUCAUGUGUUUAACAAAGGAGCCACCGUGACGCUGGAGUGUAGUUUGGGUCCAGGGCUCAGCAUGGGCAGCCAUACCAUGUACUGGUACCGACAAAACCACUACAGAGCUCCAAUAGAGUUUCUCAGGAAAGAGUAUGACACAACUGUGGGCCACUUCCAGUCGUCCAUCAAUACAUCCAAAAACUACUUCUCUCUUCAAAUUACUGAGCUGUUCCUGAAUGACAGCAGCACCUACUACUGUGCUGCCAACGGUUUCGAAGCUUAUUUCGGCCAGGGAACAAAACUGACUGUUCUUGGGCGUACAAUCACCCCACCAACAGUUACAGUGUUUAAACCUUCAUCAAAGGAGUGUCGAAACCUGAAAGAUGAGAAGGAGAGGAAGAAGACCUUACUCUGUGUGGCCAGGGAUUUCUACCCAGACCAUGUCAGUAUGUUCUGGCAGGUUAAUGCGAAGAAUGUCACCAAAGGUGUGGCCACUGACCCCGCUGCCUGGUUGGAUAAUGGAACCUACUUCAUCACCAGCAGGUUGAGGGUCCUUGCCGAGGUCUGGACCACACCCGGGACAAACUUCUCGUGCUUUGUCAGCUUCUUCAAUGGGAACAAAACUAUCGAAACUAACGAAACAGUUUUUGCUGUUGAAGCCGGAAGUGACGGAAGUGUCAAGACAAGAGUGACAUAUUUGAGGAGCACACAGAGUUUCAAACUCUCCUACACUGUUUUAAUCAUCAAGAGCAGCAUCUAUGGAGCCUUUGUGGCGUUUCUGGUGUGGAAACUUCAGGGUUCAACUGGAAAGCAGAAGUACUGAGAGCUGAGCUGAGGUGAACCAACUCUGGCAGAUGGAUUAUCUUGUUUUCUGUAAAUACAACUGAAAAUAUAGUAGUUAUAUUUCUACUGCUGUAUGUUAUAGUGCAUUUGCACUUGUAUAUCAAUGAGCCAUUCGAUUAACAGUUCUGUGCUUAUUCUUUUUACAAUGUUAAAGCUAUAACCAGCAUGCAAAUAGUUUAGCAUCAAGUUUUUAUCGAUACUUAAUGCAUCAUUCUAUGUGUUUGUGGUGGUUCAACGGUUGUGUGCUUUGUUUUCUUCUCAAUAAAAGUGUUUCAGGAAAAUCUUGA